AUAUAAUUGUAUAUAUUUUAAACAAAACAUCAAUGUUAUAGUUAAAUUUUUCUAAGUAUAAAGUUUUAUUUCCAAAUUUUCUGUAUAAACUGUUAAAAUAUGGAAACAUCCAUAACACCUCAGCCACACUUGGUGCCAGGUUAUACUGGCCACUGUCCGGAGAAUCGUGAUCGCGUUGGCAAAACCUAUGGCAAGCAGACGCACACGCUGCUCAUUGAUCCUUGCAGUAAUCAUGCGCCCGAGCUGAUUGUCGCGCCCAUACACGCCAAACCCGAUCUCAAGGAUUACCCAACCGAGAAUGAGUUGAAGAUCUUAAGCGAUCGCGAGGAGUUUGUCGACUCCGUCUAUCGCCAUCCCAUAAUACCGGGUUAUGCGGGCUUUGUGCCCAACAUGUUCAAGCAGACGGGCAAACGCUAUGUUGCUGCCGCCACCGCGGGCGUGGCUCAGCACGAGACCCUGAUGCAGCUGUACCGAUGCGAGAAUCGCACAUUGCGCCAUCGUGAUCUGCUCGAGAGUGGUCGCGGCUUGUUUGAGCACAAACUGAACGAGCGACUGCUACCGCACUCGCAAUAUCGCGCACCCCUGAUACCCGUUACGCCUGUCAGUAAGGGCAUCAAGGAGGAGAAGUGCCCGCCAACGAAAGAGAAACUACACUACAGUAAGUUCACUUCGCCCCACUUCCUGGAUGAUGAUGACUCGAAUAAGUUCAUCAUCAAUGGCUAUGCUGCCCACAUACCCAUGGCUGUGACGCGGUUCGGUGAGCCCAGCAAGGUGCUCACGCAUAAUGCACUCUGCAGCUUCUCGGACUAUAUGUAUAAGAGGAAGCGGGACUCGUGGUGCUGCGGCCAGGACCUGAGCACACCCGCCAUAAAGUGUCCGCCAGUGGGACACUUUAUUAUUUAUCAUAACAACCAUGGCAUGAAUCCCAGCUAUGCCGGUCAUGUGCCUGGAAAUAUGUACAAGUUCGGGCGAACAUUCGAAAAGACCUCAUAUCAUGCUAAGCGCUGGCUUGAAAUUCACAAGGAUCUCACCCUUUUGCCAGAGAUUGCGAAUUUAGAUUACGAAUACUAA